AUGUCAGACGAAAAUCAGCCGCAAUCCCCUCCAAACCGCGACCGCCGCUCUUCCUUCGCAGGUCAAACCUUCGCCGACCUCUUCGGCCCCAACCGCGGUUCCACCUCCAAGCCCUCGGGGGCACCAGACUCCACCUCCCCACCGACCCAACAACUCCCCGGCCCCAUCAGCCAAGCAGCCGCCCAAGCCCAGCGCCGCCGCAUGUCCCUCACCACGCUCGGUCUCUCCGGCUCCCCCAACCAGACCUCGCCCUUCGGCUCCUACCGCGGUGGCCGCCGCGACAGCAUCGGCUCCGCCAACAGCGGCAGCUUCGACGACUCCGCCAUCGCCGAGGAAGAAUCGCCUGCUCGGGAUCAAAACGAUGGGAGUAACCCGCACACCCCCUUCGCUCGACGAACGAGCUUCGGUGCACGCGCGUUGAGAGAUAUUCGGACUGGAUCAUUCAGUGGAGGAGGUGGUAGUGGCGGACCAGGGAGUCCAGGGCAGAACGGUACACGCUCACCACCUGCGUCGUCGAAUGGCAGAUCUGCACCACCUAAUGGGACGAUCUCUUCCCGAGACUCCAAGGGUCGAGGCUCCGGAGCCGAAGGCUUCAAUUGGGCCGACAACUUCCGCACCCGCGCCGAACGCACCUCCAUCGCCGCCCAAGGCAACGGCGGCGUUGGUCUGCCAGCGGGCAGCAGCCACGCGCGAGCCAAGAGCGUUGCCGUGAUGGAACCACCACCUGCUGCGCCGCCGAAGGCUAAAGAGCAGAAGAGGCCGGAUCACUUUCAAGAGCGGAUCUUGAAGGGAGACUUUUACAUGGAUUGA